GAUUGCUGUCAUACCUUACAGUUGGGGUGUCAAACUCAUUCCACGGAGGGCCUAGUGUCUGCAGGUUUUUGUUUUUUUCUUUCAAUAAAGCCCUAGACAACCAGGUGUGGGGAGUUCCUAACUAAUUAGUGAUGUUAAUUCAUCAAUCAAGUACAAGGGAGGAGCGAAAACCCGCAGACACUCGGCCCCCCGUGGAAUGAGUUUGACACCUGUGCGGCUUACAGGCCGUAGCCUACAAAGGUCCUUCACCGCCACCUGCUGUUCGACAACCCACGAAACACAGGCGCUCCUCUCCGAUGAGUGAGUUUCAACCUCUAUAGUGGUCUCCAUUCUCUACGAACCAGUUAGUCGACAGAGAAGCCAUUCUUCUGGAGGAGACUGUGGUGGGAGGCUGAAAAGAUGUCUGGAGUUGCAGAUGUGAACAUUGGGAUGUUUCCCUCACAUAACCAGACCAGCGCUACUCUGUCCAGCAGAGAUCUUCAUUUACAUUUUAUAUAGUGCUAAUUAAGCUGUACAUGGGUGGAAACAGAGACUCUCCUCAUCCAUUACCAAUGUGUAACACCCAUCUGAUUUCUCUGCCUCUACAGUGUUUCCCAUAUUGAUUAUUGCUUUGCUGGGUGGAAAAUCUCUCAAAGCAAAACCCUGGGCCUCUGACACCAAAACAUUCCAUUUACAGCUAAUGCUUUUGGGUAGUGGUCAACAGAGAUGGUGCCUAGCCUAUACAAUGGCCUAUACACACAGGCGCUCCUCUCCGAUGAGUGAGUUUCAACCUCUAUAGUGGUCUCCAUUCUCUACGAACCAGUUAGUCGACAGAGAAGCCAUUCUUCUGGAGGAGACUGUGGUGGGAGGCUGAAAAGAUGUCUGGAGUUGCAGAUGUGAACAUUGGGAUGUUUCCCUCACAUAACCAGACCAGCGCUACUCUGUCCAGCAGAGAUCUUCAUUUACAUUUUAUAUAGUGCUAAUUAAGCUGUACAUGGGUGGAAACAGAGACUCUCCUCAUCCAUUACCAAUGUGUAACACCCAUCUGAUUUCUCUGCCUCUACAGUGUUUCCCAUAUUGAUUAUUGCUUUGCUGGGUGGAAAAUCUCUCAAAGCAAAACCCUGGGCCUCUGACACCAAAACAUUCCAUUUACAGCUAAUGCUUUUGGGUAGUGGUCAACAGAGAUGGUGCCUAGCCUAUACAAUGGCCUAUACACACAGGCGCUCCUCUCCGAUGAGUGAGUUUCAACCUCUAUAGUGGUCUCCAUUCUCUACGAACCAGUUAGUCGACAGAGAAGCCAUUCUUCUGGAGGAGACUGUGGUGGGAGGCUGAAAAGAUGUCUGGAGUUGCAGAUGUGAACAUUGGGAUGUUUCCCUCACAUAACCAGACCAGCGCUACUCUGUCCAGCAGAGAUCUUCAUUUACAUUUUAUAUAGUGCUAAUUAAGCUGUACAUGGGUGGAAACAGAGACUCUCCUCAUCCAUUACCAGUGUGUAACACCCAUCUGAUUUCUCUGCCUCUACAGUGUUUCCCAUAUUGAUUAUUGCUUUGCUGGGUGGAAAAUCUCUCAAAGCAAAACCCUGGGCCUCUGACACCAAAACAUUCCAUUUACAGCUAAUGCUUUUGGGUAGUGGUCAACAGAGAUGGUGCGUAGCCUAUACAAUGGCCUAUACAAACAUUGAACUGUCAAGCAAGCAAACCAUUUAUCAUAAUUGGCAUCUCCUGAAACUGAACUGUUUCUGCGUAAACAUAAUAUUUUUUUAUUUUUUGUUUUUCUGUGAUAUAUAGGUGACAAGUAAGUUUGCCUAUGCGUUGUCAUUGCAUGGACUUUGGUCAUUCAUGAUAUAGAUAUAGGCUAAUGUCACCAUUCCAUAGUCCAUGAUAGCAUGGGGAGACUUUGAGAUUGGCUCAUUUGGCUGAUACUGUAUCUGCACACAGCCACGAGACAUCUGUCUGUACACUGUGACAGUCUAGUCAUCUAUAACCCAAACCACUUCCCUGCUUCCGUUAUGCUACUGGCUGACUGCUACUGGCUGACUGCUACUGGCUGACUGCCCCUGGCUGACUGCCCCUGGCUGACUGCUACUGGCUGACUGCUACUGGCUGACUGCCCCUGGCUGACUGCUACUGGCUGACUGUCUGUUACUGGUGGAUGUAAGGGGUAAUGGCUGUGACUUGUUGCUUCACUACAGAUUGCACAAACACAUGUAAGUACUGUACCUUUCUUAUUACAGAUUAUACAUAAAUGUUACAAUGUUAUAUUGCACAUGCGCCGAAUACAACAGGUGUAGUAGACCUUACCGUUAAAUGCUUACCUUCAAGCCCUUAACCAACAAUUCAGAUUUGUAAGUAAUUAAGAAAAUAUUUGCUAUAUAUUAUUUAUUCAUUUAGAAAAAAGUAACACAAUAAAAUAACAAUAACAAGGCUAUAUACAGGGGGUGCCUGUACCGAGUCAAUGUGCGUGGGUACGGGUUAGUCGAGGUAAUUGAGGUAACAUGUACAGUCGUGGCCAAAAGUUUUGAGUGACACAAAUAUUAAUUUUCACAAAGUCUGCUGCCUCAGUUUGUAUGAUAGCAAUUUGCAUAUACUCCAGAAUGUUAUGAAGUGAUCACAUGAAUUGCAAUUAAUUGCAAAGUCCCUCUUUGCCAUGCAAAUGAACUGAAUCCCCAAAAAAUAUUUCCACUACGUUUCAGCCCUGCCACAAAAGGACCAGCUGACAUCAUGUCAGUGAUUCUCUCGUUAACACAGGUGUGAGUGUUGACGAGGACAAGGCUGGAGAUCACGCUGUCAUGCUGAUUGAGUUCGAACAACAGAAGGAGGGUGGUGCUUUGAAUCAUUGUUCUUCCUCUGUCAAUCAUGGUUACCUGCAAGGAAACACGUGCCGUCAUCAUUGCUUUGCACAAAAAGUGCUUCACAGGCAAGGAUAUUGCUGCCAGUAAGAUUGCACCUAAAUCAACCAUUUAUCAGAUCAUCAGAACUUCAAGGAGAGCGGCUCAAUUGUUGUGAAGAAGGCAACAGGGCGCCCAAGAAAGUCCAGCAAGCGCCAGGACCGUCUCCUAAAGUUGAUUCAGCUGCGGGAUCGGGGAACCACCAGUACAGAGCUUUCUCAGGAAUGGCAGCAGGCAGGUGUGAGUGCAUCUACACGCACAGUGAGGCAAAGACUUUGAGGAUGGCCUGGUGUCAAGAAGGGCAGGAAAGAAGCCACUUCUCUCCAGGAAAAACAUCAGGGACAGACUGAUAUUCUGAAAAAGGUAGAGGGAUUGGACUGCUGAGGACUGGGGUAAAGUCAUUUUCUCUGAUGAAUCCCCUUUCCGAUUGUUUGGGGCAUCCGGAAAAGAUGCCCCAAACAAAAAGAAGACAAGGUGAGCGCUACCAUCAGUCCUGUGUCAUGCCAACAGUAAAGCAUUCUGAGACCAUUCAUGUGUGGGGUUGCUUCUCAGCCAAGGGAGUGGGCUCACUCACAAUUUUACCUAAGAACACAGCCAUGAAUAAAGAAGGGUACCAACACACCCUCCGAGAGCAACUUCUCCCAACCAUCCAGGAACAGUUUGGUGAUGAACAAUGCCUUUUCCAGCAUGAUGGAGCACCUUGCCAUAAGGCAAAAGUGAUAACUAAGUGGCUCGGGGAACAAAACAUCAAUAUUUUGGGUCCAUGGACAGGGAAACUCCCCAGACCUUAAUCCCAUUGAGAACUUGUGGUCAAUCCUCAACAGGCGGGUGGAAAAACAAAAACCCACAAAUUCUGACAAACUCCAAGCAUUGAUUAUGCAAGAUUGGGCUGCCAUCAGUCAGGAUGUGGCCCAGAAGUUAAUUGACAGCAUGCCAGGGCGGAUUGCAGAGGUUUGGAAAAGAAGGGUCAACACUGCAAAUAUUGACUCUUUGCAUCAACUUCAUGUAUGUCACGUUCUGACCUUGGUUUAUUUGUGUUAGGUUGGUCAGGGCGUGAGUUGGGGUGGGCAGUCUAUGUUCUUUUUUCUAGGUUGUUUGUUUUCUAUGUGUUUUGCCUGGUGUGGUUCCCAAUCAGAGGCAGCUGUUUUUCGUUGUCUCUGAUUGGGAGCCAUAUUCAGGUAGCCUGUUUUCCAUUGUGUGUUGUGGGUGGUUGUUUCCAUUUCAGUGUUUUCACCAUUCGGGACUGUUUCGGUUUUCAUUUUGGUUCUCUUGUUCUUUUUGUAUUUUGUAUUCAUUCUAUUAAAAGAUAUUAUGGAUACGUACCAUGCUGCACAUCGGUCCGAUAUUUCCUACUCCUCCUCAGACGAAGAGGACGAAAGCCUUGACAAUGUAAUUGUCGUUAAAAGCCUUUGACACUUAUGAAAUGCUUGUAAUUAUACUUCAGUAUUCCAUAGUACCAUCUGACAAAAAUUUCUAAAGAUCCUGAAGCAGCAAACUUUGUGAAAAUUCAUAUUUGUGUCAUUCUCAAAACUUUUGGCCAUGACUGUAGGUAGGGGUAAAGUGACUAUGCAUAGAUACUAAACAGCAAGCAGCAGCAGUCUAAAAAAGGGGGUCAAUGAAAAUAGUCUGGGUAGCCAUUUGAUAUACUGUUUAGCAGUCUAAUGGCUUGGGGGUAGAAGCUGUUAUUAAGGAGACUUUUGGACUUUGACACUCCAGUACCGCUUGCCAUGCUGUAACAGAAAAAACAGUCUAUGACUUUGGUGGUUGGAGUCUUUGACAGUUUUUAGUGUCUUUCUCCUACACCGCCUGGUAUAUAUAUUUUUUAACUAGGCAAGUCAGUUAAGAACAAAUUCUUAUUUCACAAUGACGGCCUACCCCGGCCAAAUCCUCCCCUAACCUGGACGACGCUGGGCCAAUUGUGCGCUCUAUGGGACUCCCGAUCACAGCCGUUUGUGAUACAGCCCGAGAUCGAACCAGGGUCUAUAGUUACACCUCUAGCACUGAGAUGCAGUGCCUUAGACCGCUGCGCCACUUGGGAGCCUACUGCUGGAUGGCAGAAAGAUUAGCCCCAGUGAUGUACUAGAUCGUAAGCACUGCCCUCUGUAGCGCCUUGCGGUUGGAUGCCGAGCAGUUGCCAUACCAAGCGGUGAUGCAACUAGUCAGGAUCCUCUCGAUGGUGCAGCUGUAGAACUUUUUGAGGAUCUGAGGACUCAUGUCAAAUCUUAUGUCUCCUGAACAUACGAGUGAGUGAGUGACUGAGUAAGACAGUGACUGAGUAAGACAGUGACUGAGUAAGACAGUGACUGAAUAAGACAGUGACUGAGUGAAUGAGUGAGUGAGACGGUGCCUGAGUAAGACAGUGACUGAGUGAAUGAAUGAAUGAGUGAGACGGUGCCUGAGUAAGACAGUGACUGAGUGAAUGAAUGAGUGAGACAGUGACUGAGUGAAUGUCUGCUCGCCCGCCUGCCUCUGUUUGUGUCUGUUUAUAUUCCCAUGCAGUAUAAACCGGUGUGGUUGGUCAGCUGCCCUCUCAGACCACAUUCUGCUACUGAGAAUAAACCAUGCUGCCUUCACAGCCUUGGCAGUCUGAAACAUCUAGAGGAAACAGAGGAAUACUGCUACUGAGAAUAAACCAUGCUGCCUUCACAGCCUUGGCAGUCUGAAACAUCUAGAGGAAACAGAGGAAUACUGCUACUGAGAAUAAACCAUGCUGCCUUCACAGCCUUGGCAGUCUGAAACAUCUACAGGAAACAGAGGAAUACUGCUACUGAGAAUAAACCAUGCUGCCUUCACAGCCUUAGCAGUCUGAAACAUCUACAGGAAACAGAGGAAUACUGCCACUGAGAAUAAACCAUGCUGCCUUCACAGCCUUGGCAGUCUGAAACAUCUAGAGGAAACAGAGGAAUACUGCUAACGAGAAUAAACCAUGCUGCCUUCACAGCCUUGGCAGUCUGAAACAUCUACAGGAAACAGGAAUACUGCUAACGAGAAUAAACCAUGCUGCCUUCACAGCCUUGGCAGUCUGAAACAUCUACAGGAAACAGGAAUACUGCUUCUGAGAAUAAACCAUGCUGCCUUCACAGCCUUGGCAGUCUGAAACAUCUACAGGAAACAGGAAUACUGCUAACGAGAAUAAACCAUGCUGCCUUCACAGCCUUGGCAGUCUGAAACAUCUACAGGAAACAGGAAUACUGCUAACGAGAAUAAACCAUGCUGCCUUCACAGCCUUGGCAGUCUGAAACACCUAGAGGAAACCGAGGAAUACUGCUAACGAGACAGUGGUCAUGAAGGAGGAAUACUGCUGACGAGACAGUGGUCAUGAAGGAGGAAUACUGCUGACGAGACAGUGGUCAUGAAGGAGGAAUACUGCUGACGAGACAGUGGUCAUGAAGGAGGAAUACUGCUGACGAGACAGUGGUCAUGAAGGAGGAAUACUGCUGACGAGACAGUGGUCAUGAAGGAGGAAUACUGCUGACGAGACAGUGGUCAUGAAGGAGGAAUACUGCUAACGAGACAGUGGUCAUGAAGGAAAGGAGACAAGGAAAGGAUCCUGUUAGGGACACAACACACUGUAUAUGUAAAUGAAAGUGUGAUACUGAUGUCUCUACUGGUGGUGUGACACUUCUUUGUUCUCUCAGGAAGGAAGUCUCUCAGCUCACGCUUCAGACGACAGAGCGGAACAGCUACAAGUCUGAGUGUUCUGAGGCUUCUGUGUGACCGCUCACCCAGGAAAACUUGACUGCUGAGGACCUCUGUUUGACUACUGGAGCCGACACCACAGAGAGGAAUGGACAGAGAGGGAAGGAGAACUAACAAUCAUCUCUGAGUGUGUGGGAGACAGAAAUGCAGAGAAUCUUCAUGGAUGGAAUCUCAAACCUGUGCAUAUACAAGUGAGUGUCUGUUGAUAUCUGGAGCCCCAAACAUGAGCAGAUUGCAGUUCAACCACUCUGACAUUUCUGCUGGGGCAGACAAACACCUUUCCUACCAGGCCUGUGCUGCUGUCGAAGGCUUCUGUGAUGAUUUUGACCAGUGGUUAAACUGCAAAAAGGAUUACUGGGAUUCUUAAACUGUCACCUUUUACUACAUACUACAUUUGGAAUAAUUCAACUCGCACUGGCCCAUUCCCCAGUGAGGGGAAAUACACAACAGGCUCCACAAUGGCCACCGGACAGUUUAGACAGAGUGGUGGUGUGAGGGACGUGACCCCAGAGGAUGGCAGUGACAGGGGAGGAAACUGUGGCAAUGCAGGGAAGUUGGCUGGAGACCAGGGCAGGACAGAGUGGAGAAGGAUAAACCUGCUCAAAAGGAGUAAGAGUUUAGACUGGAGAGGAAGGGGGGCUAGCCCUGGCGAGGGGCUCAGGACGGGGCUGCUGAGGUGUUCUGGGAACCUAGGGGGGUCCACACUUAAACGAGCACAGAGUUUGGAAAGUAGGGGGGCAGGAGAGAGCAAUGUGUUGUCCAGGGUGAAGGCCUUUAACUCAGUUGGACCAGGGGAAGUGAUGAGCCCCGUUGGGGGGUCAGAGUGUUCCCUUGGUGAAGGGGUGUCCCCUGUGGGUCUAGGGUAUGUGGCUCUAUCUCUGGAGAGGGCCAGUGGGGGCCAGUCCCUCCCCACCAGGCUGAGGUCUAGUCCAGGUCCUGGGUCUGGAACCAGAAAACCAGCCCGUGGAUCUCUUGGAUCCUCCAGGGGUCAGAGUAUCUGGGACCGGAUACAGAAGCUCUAUGGGACUACUGGACCUGAUAAAGCUACUAACAGAGAUGAGGAUGUGAAGGACUCAACCAGAACCAAGCGUCUCUCAGCACCGGUAGGAGACUGGUCUCUAUUGGAGAGGGAUGGGGGGGAUACAGCAGCCAAUCGCAGGAAGUCCACCACAGACUCUGUCUUUGUCUCCCCCGUCUCCUCCCCCUUUUCCUCCACCUUUCCCUCCCCCCUCAGUGGUUUAUCCAGGGGGGAGAGGAACGGCCUGCUCUCACACACACCCCUGGUAGAACAGAACACCACACACACACCCCUGGUAGAACAGAACACCACACACACACCCCUGGUAGAACAGAACACCACACACACACCCCUGGUAGAGCAGAACACCACACACGCACCCCUGGUAGAGCAGAACACCACACACGCACUCCUGGUAGAACAGAACACCACACACACACCCCUGGUAGAACAGAACACCACACACACACUCCUGGUAGAACAUAACACCACACACACACCCCUGGUAGAACAGAACACCACACACACUACACACACACCACAGAGACAUCAGAGUAGUGCAGUCAAGGUGUCUGGUUUGAGCCCCUCAGUGUCUCUGGUGUCAGGGUGGACCACACCCAAACUCUCAUACAAACCCUCACACACACUGUUAGUGGAGGGGUCAUCAGUGUGCAUUAGGGACCCCUCACUAUCCCCUCCAAUAGGAGACAAACAGGAGAGAGGGAUUAAGGAGGUGACAAACACUGUGGGCAGAAAGAGUGGAAGUAGUGAAGACAGCGAAAAGGAGAGAAUAAGGGUGGGGAGCAUGGCUCAGGAAAAAGAGAAAUGGACUGAUGUCGAAGGAAAAAGGCACAAGAAAAAGGAGGUGGAGAAGCGAGGGAGAGAUAACGCUGAAGUCUCUCUCCCCCAGCACAGACUAUCAGUGACACCCACCAGGGACUCUCCGCCUAUCACAACGUCCGGAGUAGGGGUCACCACAGGGUCAAACCCUCUCCUGACCAAUCAAUCUGACACCUAUGACGGGAGCAAGACCCCUGGUAGAGGCGUGGCCAGGGAACAGAGCCUGUCAGAAGAUGUGUUUGAAGCCAACACCCCACAGAGGAUAACAUUACAGAACACUGAAAAUACCAAGUUACCUGGGAAACUGGUAGUGCCCUCUGCAGCCAGUGUGAGGAACAAGAUCCACCAGUUUGAAGCUCUGACACAGACAUCUCAGGUCCCAGUGCCCAACUACCUGAAGCCCAGACGGGCUUUCUCUGUCCCGGAGCAGCUCAGUGAGUCUGGAGAGGGAGUCAGGAAGAGUGGGUUGGAUAGACAGGUAGGUGGGGUGAGGGGAGUAUGGGAGAGAGGGAGAGGAGAGGGAGGGAUUGUAAUUAUGGAUGGGGUGAGAGGACGAGGAGAAGGGGUAAGGAAGAGUGUGCCAGAUAAAGCACUUGGUGGAGGGAGAGGAGGUGAGGUAGUGCGAGAAGAGAGGAAGGCUUAUAGAGGGUGGGCGGUGAGGUCUAUGUCAGUGGAUGAGGUGAGGCUGGGGAGAGGAGUGGGGGAGACAGGAAGAGUGGGGGAGAAGGCUGUUGGCUCUGGUACAUUUCCCAACCUCAAGGUUAAACUAGACAUCCCUCUGAAUGGCAAAACCACCAGAGACACUCUGAGAGACUUUUCCAUUGAUGAGCCAGACCUCCCCAAUCACACAGUCACACCCCAGGACUGGAGUAGGAGAGGCACCAACACAAAGACUACUACAGUCACUGCCAAGGACCCUUCAUCCUCCCAGCUGUCUAACUCUAUGAAAAACUCCAAUGACGUUCCAGGUGGCGCUGACCACUCUAGGAGGCCUCACAGUAGAGACUCACCUAACCUGUCAUCUCCAGUGAGCGAUGACGACAAGACACCCACCAACACCCCCCAGAACUCCCCCUUCCACCCCCAGAACACACCUCCCACCUCCCCACACCUCCCCACUACUUCCCUGCAGCCUAAACACCAACAGGGUGUAGAUUCAGACCUGGCUGCCCUAAAGAACCCUCCAGUCUCCACACACACAGCCCAGGGUAGGGUCACUACUGACCCUGCUAUCCCAGUCUCACACUCUGGCCUGGGGAGGGAUUCCCUGUCCCUUCCCCUCACCUCCUCCUCCCCCAGCAGCCUACCCCUCCUCCCCACUCUGGCUCGAUGGAACUCAGAGGAGGGGGGAUGGAGUGAUGAGGAUACUGAUGAUGAAGGUACAGAGAAGGACGAGGACUCCACCUACGACUCAGACUCUGCUGAAUCCUCGGUGACCGUCACCAGCGCCAUGAGCCAAUCACAUCGCAGGAGCUUCUCUCUCAGUCUGGCAGAGCUGUGUAACUUCGGAGAGGUGGACUAUGAUCCCCAGUCUUCCUCUGACAGUGAGGAGUGGCCGUCCAGCCGGUCAGCCAGCCGGUCAGCCAGCCUGUCGUCUGACGUGUCGGCACUGUCCUGUGUGUCUGUCCUGGGCAGUGAUGAGCUGAACCGCCUGCUGGACGACGUAAAGGGCCUGGGGGACACAACGCUGCAGAACUAUGAGGAUGUCCAGGUGGUGGUUCUCCAUAAGGAUGUUGGUGUGGGACUGGGCUUCACCAUGGCAGGAGGAGUGGACCAGAACAAACCUGUCAUUGUCCAUAAGGUGUUCCCGGCAGGGGUGGCUGCUAAGGAGGGAUCCAUCCAGGAGGGAGACAAGGUCCUGUCAAUCAAUGGCACAGCGCUGUGUGGCUCCUCCCACUGGGAGGUGCUGAGGACACUAAGGAGGGCACGGACUCAGGGGAUGGGCGUGGUUGUUUUGAGGAGAGGGGGGGUAACAGACCCCCGUAAGGGAGGAACAGUGACUGACAGUCGAGGAGGGACACAGACAGAGCCUGCUAACACUGGUCAGAGGAUGUGUGUGAGGCUGGAGAAGCGCAGCAGAGACCUGGGCUUCAGUCUGGAGGGAGGAGUGGGUUCCAGCCUGGGAGACAAACCCCUCACCGUACAGAAACUCUUCCUGGGUGGUCCAGUGAACCAGGUGUCUCCAGGGGACGAGGUGUUGGAGAUCGAGGGUGUGAGCUUGGUGGGCCUGAGGAGGCUGGAGGCCUGGACCAUGAUCAGAACACUGCCCCCUGGGCCUGUGGAUGUGGUACUACACCGUCCUCACAAACCACAGUGACAGGAAUGAACAUUGAUAUGUACCCUCGAUAUGCUUAUAACAAGGCACUGAAGCAUUGUACUCCUAUGAGGUUGAAGUGAGGGUUGCCAAUCGGAUUCUGGAUAUGUGGUUCGGGUCAACUUCUACCUCAAGUAAGAGGGAUGAUAUGUAUUGCACCAGUCAUACGAUAACAAAGCACUGAAGAGACCAGUAAACAUUGAGGAGAGGGCCUGUCUGUAUAUAGGGUCAACCCAGGGUAUGAAGAGGGAGAGAGAGAUCAAUACAGAGGUCAUUUAUUUAAUUUUGUAGAAAUAUGCUUAAUGUUUCUUUAAUACCUAGUCUGCCCAUUGUUUUAUAUGAUGAAAUGUAAGGAGUUUGUAUAUGGCUGUAAUAUAUAUUGUGACUAGAAAGUUAAUAUCCGUCCUCUGUCUACUUGCUGUUAAUAAAUCCUACAAUAACCCCAUGGUUGAAAACGGUCCCUGUUUAAACACAGUACAUGGCGGCAGGUAGCGGUUAAGCGGUUAAGCGCAUUAGGCCAGUAAUCGACUAGGUGUAAAAUAUGUUGAUGUGUCCUUGAGCAAGGCACUUAACCCUAAUUACUCCUGUAAACCACUCUGGAUAAGAGCAUCUGCUAGAUUACUCAAAUGUAAAUGUACAUUGGUUUACUUACAGGGGGCGCUAGAGGAUCACAUAUUAUCUGGCCACUUAUGCUGCUCACAAAUAUACUCUGUUCUCAGGGAUAGGUGUGUGUGUGUGUGUGUGUGUAUGUGUGUGUGCAAUGAAGCUCUUCGGUGUAGUUUAUAGGCCUAUAUGUGUUUAUGCAAUGUCUCAGUGACACAUCGCGUUCGAAUUACACUGAUUAAUGUUACUGAUUAACGUCACUCAUUAAUUAGCGACAGGUCAGGUCAGAAGGACGCAACUUGUCAGAAGACACUGCUCUUGGUGGGAUGGGUUCUCAUUGGAUGGGUCUCCCUCCCUGACACCUGACCAUGUGAUAAGAUGGCAUUAGGCAAUAGCCGAUGUAAUACUAAGCGUAGCUUUUUCUGCCCUUAACAAGAGAUAAAUAAAGAUAUUUAUUUAUAUAGCCCUUCUUACAUCAGCUGAUAUCUCAAAGUGCUGUACAGAAACCCAGCCUAAAACCCCAAACAGCAAACAAUGCAGGUGUAGAAGCACGGUGGCUAGGAAAAACUUCCUAGAGAGGCCAAAACCUAGGAAGAAACCUAGAGAGGAACCAGGCUAUGAGGGGUGGCCAGUCCUCUUCUGGCUGUGCCGGGUGGAGAUUAUAACAGAACAUGGCCAAGAUGUUCAAAUGUUCAUAAAUUACCAGCAUGGUCAAAUAAUAAUAAUCACAGUACUUGUCGAGGGUGCAGAAAGUGUAGGAGUUAGUACUUAGACAUAUAGAGACAGAUAUCACACUAUUGAGCAAAAGACAGGUGUACAUUAGAAUAUAGGAGGAGAAGGAAGAGAAGGCAACACGUGAGUGCAUUUGCCAUUCUGGUAAAAACAGGAAACCAAAGAGUAAAUAGAUAGUAAAAUGGCCGAAGCCAUACGUGCUUUGAAGUGCAUUUAUGGAAAGAGCAGGACACCAUUAUGAAGAUUAAAUAGAGAGGAAAGGCCAUAAGUGCUUAGGGUAAAGGCCAUAAGUGCUUAGGGUAAGACAGAUAUAUAUUAAUUUUAGGACACGAGAGGGUCCUGCCACCUUUAUAAUCUAAUCAAGAGCGGAUACAGGCGUUAUUGGGCGUAAACAAGCAGGAAGCCAAAAUAAAAGAUAAUGGUGGCAGAUGACCUAGGAGUAAUUUAAUUAACAUAUGUGAUGAACUCAUGUGCUGUGUGUGUAUAAAGACAGAGCCAGUGCUCUGGGAAGGUGUGUGUCCCGCGGACCAUCUAGGCUAAUGAUAUACUUUGUAUUAAA